GAACAAGCAACCAGCAACAGAAGAAGGCUUUGAAUGUUGUUCCACUGCCUCUUCUUCAUCGGAGGAGAUUAUUAAAAGACUCACUGAGGAGAAUGAGCAUUUGAGAGAACAUAUUAGAAAAUUGGAAGAAAAAUUGAGUGGAAUUGAAACGAAUGGUCAACAAGUGUCAUUGGUUGAUAAUACUAGUAUUGAUAGUAAUGCAAAUAAUAGUGGUGGUGAUGAAUUAAAGAAAACACUUCCAUAUAUUUAUGAUGAAAUGAAUAAGGAGUUGACAAAUGACCAAAUUGCUCGUUUCAGUAGACAUUUAUUAUUACCAGAAAUUGGUGUUAAGAGACAAUCAAAGCUUUGUAAGGGAAGUAUAUUACUUGUCGGCGCUGGUGGAUUGGGUUCGCCUGCUGCUUUAUAUCUUGCUGCUGCAGGUGUUGGUAAAUUGGGUUUUGUUGAUUUUGACGUGGUUGACAGUAGUAAUUUACAUAGACAAGUUAUUCACAAUGAACAUCGUACUGGACUACUCAAAACUGUUUCAGCCAAAAUGUCGUGUCAACUUAUGAAUCACAAUGUCCAAGUUGAGUGUUAUAAUACUCCUUUCUCAGAAUUGAAUGGAUUGGAAUUAGUUAAACAAUAUGAUGUAGUUAUGGAUUGCAGCGAUAAUGUCACAACUCGUUAUUUAGUUAAUGAUGCUUGUGUAUUAGCUGGAAAACCAUUAGUGAGUGGAAGUGCUGUUAAAUUUGAGGGUCAAUUGACAAUAUAUAACUAUAGAAGGGGAGAAACUAAGGGACCAUGCUAUAGAUGCCUCUAUCCUGAGCCUCCACCAGCAGCAACUGUAACGAGCUGUUCAGAUGGAGGUGUUUUGGGAAUUGUUCCUGGAAUUAUUGGAUGUUUACAAGCUUUGGAAGCUCAAAAAUUGCUUAUGGAAAUGGACGAUGAGGAAUCUGUAAAGAAUAAUUGUGAAUUACUUGUACAAAAAAUGUUACUCUUCAAUGCCAAGACUUGCUCUUUCCGAUGUGCAAAAAUUAGAGGAAGACAAGUAGGUUGUAAGGUUUGUGGAGAAAAUCCAGUCAUUACCAGUUUAAUUCCAGAAGGUCAAUCAUUAGUAUGUACUGAUAAGAUUGCCUCAACUCCAUCUGAUUCCUUACAAUCAGAAAAUAGAAUAACAGCCAAGGAAUUUGAACAAAUUAUAUUGAAAGAUAGCUCUAAUAGCAAUCACAUACUAUUGGAUGUAAGAGAAAAUAUUCAAUAUAAUAUUGCAUCUGUUCCACAUGCUGUAAAUUUCCCACUUAAAAAGAUGGAGAAACCAGAAACCAUUCAAGCAAUUAAGGAUGAAAUUUCAAAAAAAUCAUCCUCAAUCAAUGAUUUCCCUAUUUAUGUCAUGUGUCGUAGAGGAAUAGCAUCUGUCUCAGCAACUAAACUUCUCAUUCAAAAUGGAUUUACCAAUGUUAAGAAUAUUGAUGGAGGAAUCAACUCAUGGAGACAACAAGUAGAUACGAACUUUCCUCUCUAUUAAUGACAUUAUCAAUCCAUAAGGAACUAAAUCUUCUUCCAUCACUCACAACUCGAAAUGUCUUGGGAAUCAAAUAAAACAACAAAAAAAUGCCAUUGUUAGGAAUUUUGUACGUUU